CCAACUUUUCAAAAUUAAAUACUACUCAAAUCGAAACCUUUGAUUUCUUCUUCUCUCAGGUUAUUUCCAAGUCUCUCAUGUUGGUCAUCCCAGAUCUCUACAAUCUUCUCUUCUCAGAGAGUAUAAUUCAUUUAUAAAUUAAGUUUCUUCAAAUUCUGAUGUUUGCAGAGGAAUUCAAAAACUAGAGAAUCAAACUUCUUUUACAGAAAUCUUGACUUUUUUUUCAGCUCUACCUCUACUACUGCUACUAUUGCCUAACAAAAUCAACCAACCAAACAAGUCAAUCUUCCGUACAGAAUUACUUCUCUAUUUAUAGGUGAAACUUCUCUGUUUCUCAUUUAUGUUUCUCUUAGAUGGUUAAAUUUCCGAGUAUCUUCUUUCCAAUUUUCAGCUCUAGUUUUGAAGAACAGAUAUUCUCAGAGUUAAGAACCUGAAAGAAGAAUCGGAAGAUUAUUUGAGAUAAUCUUUUCUUAAACUUGUCUUGAAUUUGAGAAGAAUCGAAUUUGAUGUUAAAAUCAAGAAGCAAAAGAAUGACCAUGGAUCGAUUAUCAGCAUCAUCAACAGGAAGUAAUUCACCAGAAACAAAAUCAAAUAUGGUAUUAGCAAUUGAAUGUUUAAAAGGAAGUUCAAAAGCAGAUGAAUGGAAUCAAAACAUGUUACAAACAGGCGAUAUUGUUGAAGAACUCAAAAUUGGUAAUUAUCUCUGUGUUCCUUCACCAUUCAAGAGUGGUACAACUGGUAUUCAGAAACUUCUUCGUGAAUCAUACAAGAGAAAUGAAACCUCCAUUCAUGUCCGAGUUAGACGUGGUCAAGAUGAGUUCAUUCAGUUAUUAGCAUGUAUUGUUCCCAAUGAAUCGUCAUCUGGGAGAAAACAGUACAUGCUAAAAUCUAUUGACGAUCCUAAUUACACCGUUGGAUUUUCUGAUCGUACCGAGGAGGAUUGCCUGGCUGUCCAAGGUUCAAAGAGCUUCAGAGUGGAAACUGCAUUAAGAAGAGCUAAACUACAAGAUGGUUAUGUAGGAUAUCCUUGGGAGAAGAAGAUGCAAGAUUUGAUGCCAGUUGCUAAUUCAAGUUGUUUUCUCUCUUUACUCCUCCUUCCAAAGGCCUCGGACUCUGGUGGUGCUCAAUAUAAUGAUCUCGAAGAUACCCUUUCUAGAGCAAAUGCCUGGCUUGCUGCUUCUCAAGCACAUGGCGUCCCUAUUGUGUUCUUGAACAUACAAACUGAAUCCCUUCUUACCAAGAUAUCUGGAGAGACAGCUUCAGCUACGGUGAAUGCGGGAUCAUUGUCUGAUUUGUCGAAUCUUGCAAAUGUAAGCUUGUAUGGGUUUGAAGACUACCAUGGGGUUGAUAUUGGUGUUGUUAGAGCUGUUCGUCUAUGGUACGCUCCAUUUGGUGGAGAGUUGGCAGUUGAGAUUAAACUCCAAGAAACAGACCUAAAACUCGGUUUCGCCAUUAGUCGCACUGAUGAGGGCUUCAUUUACAUUUCCUCCGUAAUUGAUGGCGAUGAAAAGGAAGAUGCUGGACCAACGCCAUCAACCCGUUCUGGACUUACUUAUUUAUACAAAGAGGCACAGAAAGCAUCAAAACUACUAAUCGUUUCGAGAGUAUCAAAUGAGAAGGUACUGCCUUGGAUGGUUUCUUCAACUGGAGCUAUUCGAUGUUACGACACUAUCUCACUUAGUCAAAAACUUUCUCUGCAUCGCCAUGCAUUACGCCCAAUUUUACUUCACGUAUUUGUUUGGGAUCCAUCUUUGGUUUCUGUCAGUAAAAUUGGGAAGUAUAAUAAGCCUGUAACAACUGCAGCGCCGCCUCCUGUUAUGGCCAUACCUCCUCCUCAAGAAAUUCAUCUUCCUCAGGGACCUCCACAACCUACAAAUGAUAAUAAAGUUCAUGCAGAAGUAGCUUCUGACGUUAAGGUUUUACAGAGAGACACUGCCGGGGAAGUAUCAUUCAGAUUCAAUGACUUUUCAGUUUCAACUAAUUGGGUAUGAAUUGUAACCUUUUUAUGAGAGAAAAGGAAAAAAAAAUUAGACAGUUUGAAUAUUUAGCUUGAUUAGAAAAUAAUUAACCGUGUUUGAGUGUUGAUGUACAUAAGAGAUUUGCGAGCAGUUGGAUAACAUCCAUUGUUGUCCAUCGACUAGGUUUGAAUAUGAGAGCCAGACCGAGGUUUGUGCUGUCUUAUGAAGAGAGAGAAUGAUGUCUUAAUACUAGUACAAGACUAUGUAAUAGAGUAUUUACAUUACAGACACACAGUUGGUCAAAGUCAAUAGUUAAUCAGUCAAGAAGGAAGGCCAUUGAUGAAGCAUCAGUUGAAGAAGAAUCAGCAACACAAGAUGCAGUAGAAAAGUUCAACAGUUAUUUGGCAAUGCAGAAAAAUUAGGGAGACAAAGACCCUUACUGAACAGGUCUGUAAGUUUGUUUUUUUUUAUUUGAAACAGGACAGGUCUGUAAGUUAGCUUCUGACGGAACAUGGUUGACCUGCAAAUAAACUACUGGGCAGAAUUAGAAGCUAAAAAAGUAGCACUAAUGUUAUCACAAAACAGUUAUAUUCAGCAUCCGAAGAAGAGCUUGAUAUUGUGGACAUAACAAAGAAAUCGAAGAAAAACUCCAUAAAAAUUACAAAAGAAGUAAACCUUCUCGUGUCAAGGCAUCCAGUCCGUUAGAAUCUUCUUUUCUUUUUCUUUUUUUGGGUAGAAGCCCAUCUGAAUCUGUAAAUGCCUUAAUAGAAUGUAUAUCACCCUUCCUCA